UCCAUUCUUGUUCAUCGAAUCGUGAAUGAUAGAUCUUGACCCCAAGCCCGACAAUUGUUCUCGUCUCAAACUCAUUCGAGGAAAAUCGAGUGUCAAAUACAACUGGUGUCUCGGUUCUUGAAUCAACAAUGCUAUCUCCGUCGAGAUCCAUCACUCCUAUUCACUCUCAUUGGCCGACGGUAAUAUAUAAUACAUACUGUAAUACAUGCUGUAAUACAUAGUAGUUGCAGGUAACUCAGUACGGACUAUCACAGGCCGCAGUGCAUUGGAGACUGCCUCACCGUCCAUUCCUUCAAUUUUCGAUCUGAAAUUUCGCCGUUCAAUUAAUUUCCCCAUCGUCGAGGAAUUUCUACAGUGAAAAUUCAAUUAAUUAAAAAAUGUCAACUGUAAUUAUGGAGAAACCGAAAGACAUGAGGAAUUUCUCCGCAGAAGAGAUGGCAGAUUUCUUGAACUCAUUCGAUACAAUCAUGAGUGAUUGUGACGGUGUUUUGUGGCAUCUAUAUACUCCGGUGUCAGGCGCUCUGGACACUCUGAAGACUCUUCAGAGUUUCGGUAAACGUGUACUCUUUGUUUCCAACAACAGCACAAUCUUUGUCGAGGAUUAUGUUAAAAAAUUUAAAAAAAUGGGCUUCGAGGCAACACCUGAUCAGAUAGUUAUUCCCUCACUAGUCAUUCUGGCGUACUUGAGGAAAAUAAAGUUCGAGGGGAAAGCACUCGUAAUCGGCACCACAUCCUUCAGGAAAUUCUUUGAGAAUGCCGGAAUCGAUGUUAUCACUGCGCCGACGUCUGUUCCAGAGAGUUUAGAUGCACUACCGGAUAUAGUAAAACUAGAUCCAGAUGUCAAAGCUGUUAUCUUUGAUUUUGAUAUCAAUCUCAGCUGGGCGAAGAUAUUCCAAGCCUCUUUAUACUUGGCACGAAAAAAUGUUAUUUAUCUAACAGGAGCACUGGACAAAAAUCUCUUAGUUGCUAAAGAUUUAUUACUCUUAGGUAUCGAUCAGUUUUCUGAUAUUUUAAUAGAAAGAAGUGGCAAGAAACCAAUCGAGUGUGCCAAGCCUAGUGAACAAUUGGAGAAUUAUUUAUUCGAGAAUUACCAGAUAAGUGACGCGACGAGAUGCAUUUUUGUGGGAGAUUCAUUAUUAGCUGACAUGAAAUUCGCAAAAUCGUGUGGAUUCAAGAGCAUCUGGGUGGGAUCUGGUGUCGAUACUCCAGAAUCUUGUGAAGCCCAGAAGACCGUACCGAUGGCGGACUAUUACCUCUCGGAUCUUGGAGUCUUGAAUGAACUCAUCAAGACCUCCAGGGCCAAUAGAAACGAUCAACCUAGUGGACAAGACUAAAAAUUAACCGUUCAACAUAUAGCAACUGUAAAAACAAACAAAUAUUCACCCUUCACGAAUUAAUUUUUCAUUCAACAUUCAACUUCAGACAAUAAUUCACAGAUUUUUUUUCACGUAUAUUACUGAGGAUUACUUUUAUCGUUAAAAUCUCUGUAAACUGUUGCGUCAGAAAUCCGUACGGCAUUGCAACGAAAUUAUUCAUAGUGUAAUUAAAAAAAUUUAACCUGUGGAUUCCAAUAAAAAAGUCUGAAAGAAAACAUCACAA